CAGCCGGCGCCGCUCAUGCGUUUGGAGGGCGGUGGCUGGUGGUGGAGCGGGGCCGCGACCUUCCUCACGGGCCGGGCGCUUCCGACAGCGGGGACGUGGAUUUACGAGGCUUUUAGCUGAAGGCCGGAGGGACCUUCUCGGCCUGUGUGGGCAGAAGUUGCUGCCCGUAGUGCUACUUGCGGUAGAUAAGUUAAAACUGGAUCGCAUUGAUGCAGUUCUAGUGAGGAGCAGCGUUGAAAAGUUAAUUCCAGGUUCAGUGGUAGUCGCUCUUCCAAAACCUUCAAACCAAAGAAGAAUAUUCCAGAGGGCUCUCACCAGUACGAGCUGCUAAAGCAUGCGGAAGCUACUUUGGGAAGUGGAAAUCUCCGGAUGGCUGUUAUGCUUCCAGAAGGUGAAGACUUAAAUGAAUGGGUUGCAGUGAACACUGUCGACUUCUUCAACCAGAUCAAUAUGCUGUAUGGAACCAUUACAGACUUCUGCACGGAGGAGAGCUGCCCCGUGAUGUCUGCUGGCCCAAAAUAUGAGUACCACUGGGCAGAUGGGACCAACAUAAAGAAACCAAUUAAGUGCUCUGCACCAAAGUACAUUGAUUACCUGAUGACUUGGGUCCAGGAUCAGCUGGAUGAUGAAACGCUAUUUCCUUCUAAAAUAGGUGUGCCAUUCCCAAAGAAUUUCAUGUCAGUGGCAAAGACAAUUUUAAAGCGGCUCUUCAGAGUUUAUGCUCACAUUUAUCACCAGCACUUUGAUCCAGUGAUCCAGCUACAAGAAGAGGCACACCUCAACACUUCUUUCAAGCACUUUAUAUUUUUUGUUCAGGAAUUCAACCUUAUUGAUAGAAGAGAACUUGCACCUCUUCAAGAACUGAUUGAAAAACUCACCUCUAAGGACAGAUAAAAAGAAAAGGAUUUCUUGAAGUCACUUGUUUCUUUAAGCAAGCGUGUGGUAUUUGGUUUUUGUUCAUUUGUUGUUUU